AUGUUGUUGGCUGUGUUUGCAGAAGCUUACGCUCAGUUCGAGGGCAUCUCUGUGUCUGUUUCUAUCUGGGGUUUUACCUCAUAUGAGUCACACAAUGGACGUGUCUCCAUGUGCAUUAAUGUGCUGGAAUUAUGGCGCAUGAAGUUUAGUACCUGUAAUAACAGGCUCCCAGGGAGGGUAGAAGAAGGAUGCACAUCCUUCAACCCUGACUGUCUGGCUCCCUCCCUCUCUGCAGACUUGCAAAAUAUCUACGGCUGGCUCCAUAAGAAAGCUCUUCUUGCCAUGGACACCGUUGUCAACAUAGUACAGGAGCUGCACGAGUAUUGGGCAACCCAUUUCUCACGGAGAUUUCUACCCAGGAGGCCCCCACUUCGCCAAAUUACUUCCUUGUCCAGUUUCUACCUGCUGGACCACAGGACCCGGCAGAUGGAACUAGGUUUGGAUUAUGGCCUGCCACAGGCUCAACUGAGCAAUGCAAAGUUUGUCUUCCAGGAUGGCAAAUGGCAGAGUGAAGGUAGCCCUACCCAUCAGCUUCCAUUUCGGCAAUUAUUCCCCUCCUCUGGCCAAGAGCAGUCCAACAAGGUCCUCAAGAAGGAGAAUGAGGCCCUUCUGGAGGAGAACAAUUACCUGAAGUUGCAGCUUGAGUUGUUAAUGGACAUGCUGACAGAGACCACAGCUCAACUACACAUUGUAGAGAAAAAACUGGAUGCCCCUGCCUGGCAGGCAAAGAUGAAGAAACCAGACAAGGUGCUGAUGCUUAAGUACUAGUGGGAAUCUUUGGUGCAAGACCUGGGAGUCUGCACUUACUGAAAUAGAUGCAUAUCUGCCUUCUUGC